AUAUCAGGUAUUUUACAAUCCUUCCUAAUUUUCUCCCUAUCUCAAUUCCAAAUUGUUUGCCUUAAUCUAGGGUUUAUCUUUUUUACGAUUUCCAAUUGAAAACACCUAAUAUUUCAAUUGAGGUUUCAAUUCACUUGAAAAUUCAAUGGGAAAAAACGAAUUUUUAACUCCUAAAGCAAUCGCAAAUCGAAUUAAAGCGAAAGGUCUCCAGAAACUUCGAUGGUAUUGUCAAAUGUGUCAGAAACAAUGUCGAGACGAAAACGGGUUCAAGUGUCAUUGUAUGAGUGAAUCUCAUCAAAGACAAAUGCAGAUUUUUGGGGAAAAUUCGGAUCGUAUAGUUGAUGGAUUUUCGGAGGAAUUCGAAAGUCAGUUUCUUGAUCAUAUGAAAAGGAGCCAUAGAUUUAGUAGGAUUGCUGCAACUGUGGUUUAUAAUGAGUAUAUUGCUGAUAGGCAUCAUGUUCAUAUGAAUUCUACAAAGUGGUUAAGUUUGACUGAGUUUGUCAAGUAUUUGGGUAGGAUAGGGAAGUGUAAGGUGGAUGAGACCCCAAAGGGAUGGUUUAUUACGUAUAUAGAUCGAGACUCCGAGACACUUUUUAAGGAUAAGAUGAAGAAUAAGCGUCUUAGGGCGGAUAUGGUGGAGGAUGAGAAGAAGGAGAGGGAGAUUAUGAGGCAGAUUGAGCGGGCAGAGCAGCUGUUGCCUGUGGUAGAGAAUGGGCAGGUUAGUGAGGUGGAGAAGACGGAAGAUAAGGAGAUGGUGGGGGGUAAAGUAGCAUUUGCUCUUGGUGGUGGGUCUUCGAGAGUUGGGAGUUUGGGGAUUGGGAAAGAAAAAGGCGAGGGGUUGAAGGAUGUGUUUGAGGAUGUUGUGGAGGGUGAGAAAGAGAAGAAGAGAGCUAAACAUGGGGAUAGCAGUGCAGUUGGUAAGUCGGCUUUGGAGGAGUUGAUCAAAGAGGAUGAGAAGGCUAAAGAACGGCUUAAUAGGAAGGAUUAUUGGCUAUGUGAAGGGGUAAUUGUCAAGGUUAUGAGCAAGAAAUUGGCAGACAAAGGUUACUAUAAGAAGAAGGGGACUGUGAAGAAAGUCAUAGACAAAUAUGUAGGAGAAAUUGAGAUGCUUGACACUAAACAUGUGCUUAGAGUGGAUCAGGCAGAGCUUGAGACGGUGAUUCCACAGAUUGGUGGUUUAGUGAGAAUAGUUAAUGGGGCUUAUCGUGGAUCAAAGGCCAGGUUGCUCUCCAUUGAUACUGACAAAUUUUGUGCAAAGGUUCAGAUAGAGAAGGGAUUAUAUGAGGGAAGAGUUCUUCAGGCUGUAGAUUAUGAAGAUAUCUGCAAAAUUGCCCAAUGAUGAAGUCGGAGAGGUUGUGCGAAACGUUACCAUAUGAAGGCUUUUUCAACAGUUAGAAUACGCUGGCCAGCUUCUUGUUUUCGUAAUGUAUUGCUCAAUCUGCUGGUUUAUUUUGUUUUUAAUCUUAUCACAUUAGCAACUGUAUGUUACUUCGCAGCAUCCAUAGACCAUGAAGCAACCCCCCUCCCUCCCAUACGUCUAUCAGUUAUUGUAUCGCAAAGGUGGAACUUAUCAUAGAUGUGAUGUUUUGUUCAUGGAAUAAUAUUCAAUCUGAGAAUUUAUAGUGUCCAUAUUUGGAUUUUACUUCGA